AUGGAUGAUCGAGCAUGGUACUUGAGAACUUCAAAGCUGGCCUUGGCCCUGGCAAUUAUCCACUCAAAACCAGCAAACAAAAGCAGCAAAGAAUAUACAGAGGACCUUGCAAGGAUGGGAUCUGGGCUCGAGGUAAUGUGGAGAUCAAAAAUUGAAGCCUUGGAAACUGAAGUUCUGCAACUGCGCCAAAAACUUCUUCAGAAUGGGAUUUAUUCAUUAUCAACUAAGAAAGGAGACUCAACUUCCCAAUUGCAGGCUCAGAAUCCUAGUAGCUCUGAAAAUACGUUAACCCUGCUUGAAGAUUCUGGGUGUUAUUUAUCAAAUGAACCUUCAGAGAUGUCUCAACAUUUUGUGGAGAGCUGUUCCCCUUUGACCCUCCUACCACUGCCUAAUAUGAAAGGUGGUCACUCUGCUGCUCCAGAAAAUCUUCUAUUUUCUCACAUGCAGUUUUUGCAACAUUUAAUUGAAUUGAAGAGCUUGACAGAACCUGGGGGUCUGAAUACUGAUUUGAGGCACUUUGAAAACAACUCUUCCACAGUGUCUGAUUCUGCGCUUCAAUUGCUAAAUGGCCUGAUCAAGUUUUACUACAAACCCAAAUUUCCUUUUUCAAGCUUUUGGACAGAAGCAGUUGAUACCAUAGCUAAGCUGAUUGAUGACAGUAACUUAUCCAAACAUAUUCUUAAGACAUGUUCCAAGAAAUUAGAAGAAUUUGAGAGAACUUUGCUACAUGUCAUUUUAAAUAACAGCCAUAUAAAUCGGUUUCAGAUGCAACAUUAUAUCUCUCAAAAUCUGGUAACCCUGGGAAGUUGCAGCGUAUUGAGAAAAUCUGUAAUAUCUCUGCUAUUAUCAGAAGUAAACAGUUUUACUGACAAACUUGGUACCAUCAGUCAGGUACAAACCAGCUAUGAUGUGACACACUAUGAAAAUAUUUUCUCCAUACUCUGGGUUCUGGAGCAGCUUCUUCAGAAGGAUCCAGAAGGUAACACUUCACACAAAGAACAAGAUGACCAAGAAAUCAAGAAAUUUCUCCAUAAGCACGAUUUAACUAUUUUCCAACUCUCUGAUGCAUUCCCUUUAUUUACAUUUUAUUUAUGGAGAUUGGGCAUUCUAUUGAGAUCAGAAAAGACACAAACUUGA